UCAUUAUGAUUAUAAGAGGUUAAAAGAAAAUGAAUCAGCCUCCCUUCACGAUCAGAAUACGGACGGAACAGGAACAGGACAUGGACUGGAUGGUUCAGCCGAAUGCGAUUACAUUUCAUCAGGCAUUGGAGGUGAUAGCACAAGUUUUACCUCAGACAAGUGUCACAGCGUUUGAAUAUGAGGACGAAGACAAUGAACGGAUAACAGUACGGAGUGAUGAAGAAAUGGCAGCAAUGUUUCAAGCUUACUUUGAGACUCUUAGUGAGGAUGACAUACAAUGCGGGCUCCUUCCUCCCCUCAUCAUCUACCCCAGAGUUGGAAAAACUCCACAAAACAGAAACAAAUUUGGAUUAAAGAUUGAUACUCAUCCAAAUUCUAAGUCCUCCAAGCCAGUUCAAACUGUCAAGCAUAUUCCAAGACAAAAUCAAAAACCAAAGACAGAGCCUGUUGAGAACCUAGCACCUACUCGGGUCCCCGUAAAUGACCCUAAUGUAGCUGGAGCCCCCACUAUACUGGUUCCUCAGUCUCAGAACCAAUCAGAGUUUCACUUACAAAAUGAGCCUGACUUGAAGUUUUUACAGGUGCUUGGAGGAGGAAGUGGAGGACAGGUGUAUAGAGCUUUACAUCAGCCAACAGGGACUGUUAUGGCAGUCAAGAUGGUGAAGUUGGAGGUUGAUCAGAAGACACAAGAACAAAUUUUAUCUGAACUGGACAUUCUCAAUAAGUGCCAGUCCUCUGUCAUAAUAGGAUUCUACAAAGCUUUUUUCAAUGAAAACCGCAUCUACAUCUGCACAGAGUUUAUGGAUGGAGGUGCGUUAGAUAAAUAUGCUCCAAUUCCUGAACCAGUAUUGGGACGAAUGGCAGUAAAUAUAAUUAAAGGCCUCUGCUACAUGUGGAGCCUGAAAAUUUUACACCGAGACAUCAAGCCAUCCAACAUUUUAGUCAAUACUCAGGGGCAGGUGAAAUUGUGUGACUUUGGAGUCAGUACACAGCUUGAGAGGUCCAUUGCCAAAACCUAUAUAGGAUCUAAUGCAUACAUGGCACCUGAGAGGAUAAAAGGCGAGGAUUAUGGGACACCAGCUGAAAUCUGGAGUCUGGGCAUCACAUUGUUUGAGUUAGCUACAGGAAGAUUUCCAUACAAGCAUAAUCCUGAGAAGCCAAUGGGUCUCUUAUCAUCCAUUAUAAAUGAAGAGACUCCGCAGUUAUCAGAUGACCACUUCUCUCCAGACUUUGUCAAUCUUGUGGCACACUGUAUGCAGCAGAAACCUGAGGACCGACUCACCUUAGAGGACAUAUCUAUUCAUCCAUUUAUACAAAGACACAAUGAUGGAAACAUAGCAGUGAUUGCUUCCUGGGUUCAAAACAGACUGGAGGAGUUAUCUCACAAUAGAAUGGCUUCAUAGUAUAAAGGGGACAUCUCAAAGUGCACUUUAUUUUCAUAUACUUAAACUAGUCAUAAUGGAAGAAAAUAUUGUGAAUGUUUCUGUCUAGUACAGUGCUAUAAAUAGUAUUUUGACAGGCAAAUUUAGAUUUCAACUCCAGUCUUUACCAAAACCCACAGGUCUGAGGCCAGUGGCCAGUAAAAUUGGCAGGGGGCCCGUAAAGUUGAAAAUUUAAUAAGUCCGAUGGGCCUGCAGGGAUUUUUAUGACCCGACUCCCAAUGAUAUAAAGAAUUGUAUUUCUCCCCAUAUAUUUGUUUAAAAGUUUCAAACCAAUGAAAAAUCAAAGCAGUAUGACUGUAUUUUUCAGACGUCAUCUUCAUUUAAACUAUUUUGCAAAUGCUACACAAUUUAUUUCUUCAAACAAUUGUCUUUUUUCUUAGUCCAAAUUUCCUUCAUGCCUCUGUUCAUUCUAAAUACAAAGAGAUAAUACCACUACAUUUAUAUUCCCUGUUCCCUAUUGAAUUGAGGAGUCAGUGGUUUAGGAGUGAUUUCAGAUACAAAAAAUAUGUUUACAGAGCAUUACAAGUAUUUAAUACAAGAAAAAUGAGAAUUGUGUCGAUCACCUCACUUCGGAAGAGCUAGUCUCCUGCAGAUUGCUUUUAUAACAACAGCAAUUUUAUAGAUUGCCUGUAGGUUUCAUUGACUGGCAGGUCCUACAGGCCAGUGGAGGAAUACAGUUUUCUUAAAGACUGCAACACAGUCUAAUCAAAUGUCAACCAAAAGAUUUUUAUUGCCAUUUUAUUUAAUUCAUUUGAGUUGAUCAUGGUUAUGUUAUGUAUUUUAUAUUUAUUUAGUGAAUAAAACGUUUGAAAUAAGAA